CUGAAGCCUGAUCCCGGUUCAGCCCACAACAACCCAAAAUCGAACUUCCCUACAUUUUCCAUUCCUCUCUGAAAUCAAAAACCACUGAAAAAUACAACAUGAAGUUCACAGACUCGCCGGUAAUCGAACUCCCCGUCGCCAACGCCACCCUCUCUCUCCACCAAAACAACGGCUCCAUGCACGUCGGAACCUCCGUCUGGCCCUGCUCCCUCGUCCUCGUCAAAUUCGUCGACCGCUGGAUCCACUCCCCACCCGAAAACAACCCCUAUACCCACCUCCUAAACUUCCCAACCAAGCGCGCCGUCGAACUCGGCUGCGGCUGCGGCGUCGCCGGUAUGGGCCUUUACCUACUAGGCCUAACGGACAUAAUCCUCACCGACAUCUCUCCCGUGAUGCCCGCACUGAAGAAGAAUCUCAAGGUUAACAAACCUGUCCUCAAGAAGAAUCUCAAAUACUCCGUUCUUUACUGGAAUAAUAGGUCUCAGAUUGAGGCUCUGAAUCCUCCGUUUGAUUUUGUUAUUGCGGCGGAUGUUGUUUAUAUUGAGGAGUCGGUUCCGGAGUUUGUUUCUGCCAUGGAAGCGUUGCUGGCUGAAGAUGGUGUUGUUUUGCUUGGUUAUCAGAUUAGGUCGCCGGAGGCUCAUGUGCUUUUUUGGGAAAUGUGUGGGGGAGUUUUUGAUGUUGAGAAAGUUCCUCAUGAGCAUCUUCAUCCUGAGUAUGCUUAUGAGGAAGCUGAUGUUUAUCUCUUGAGGAAGAAAAAGAAGCAGUGAUGAUGGGCCUUGAGAAACUUUUUGUGGAGAAAGAUUGUUGCUAACAGGCGUGCCAGUGCCAGUGUUCAUGUUUGCUGAUCAUCAGAUGAUUCCCAGCACAUCCAUAAAAACUCGACAGACAAAUGUUUCCGCGUGCUCGCUGCUGACACGGUUUUGGGAUUUAGUAUACCUUGUUAUGGUUGUUGAAGAAAUGGUUAUGAUACAAAUUUUCAUGUCGAAAAUUGUUAGGCCUAAUAAGCAAAACAAUUAUAGUUGAACUGAUCUUAAUUUUUAUGGCUGUUGAAGAUUUAGGAUACCUUAUUAUGGUUGUUAAAGUUCUUAUUGACUUGAUUGUAAUUCACGUAAUUUA